CCACUCUCUCUCCUUAUUCACACACAGACUGCGUGUGUUUAAAAACGGUUCGGCAGGCACACACAUUAUUAUUUAAUCCUCCACAAUUCGGCAAACAAACAAACAAAAACCUAGCAGAAGAUAUCUCUGUGUGAUCUCUUACAAUGGCAGAUCUGUACGGCACCAACGGUCGUGAUUCUCCCGCGCUUGAAUCAGAAGAUAUGUCGUCUUUUCUUCAUAAUCUGCUGCACAGCUCCGCCGCGGCUGCGCCUUAUGGAUCAUACAAGCCGAGGACUACUUCUGAUUUCGCGGAUCAUGCUGCUUAUUUUCCGCCGGAGAUGAAGGAGAAUGCGCUCGGGCAUUUCUCGUCGUCCGCGGAGAAUUCUGAUCCGAUCAGGAGGAAUGGUUCGGGGAGUAAUGAGGCUGAUGAGUUUGAUUUUGGCUGCGAGGAGCCUGAAGAGCCUGAGGUGCCGGCUAAUUCAGUACCUCCGCGUUCUUCGUCGAAGAGGACUAGAGCAGCGGAGAUUCAUAAUUUAUCGGAAAAAAGGAGGAGAAGCAGGAUUAACGAAAAACUGAAAGCACUGCAGAACCUGAUUCCGAAUUCUAACAAGACUGAUAAGGCUUCUAUGCUUGAUGAAGCAAUUGAGUAUCUUAAACAGCUUCAACUACAAGUACAGAUGCUGACUAUGCGAAAUGGAUUAGGUCUGAAUCCAGUUUACUUGCCAGAAACACUGCAGACAGUGCAACUAACGCAUCAGAGAGGUUCAGACUACAAUGAGGCAAACCCACUGAUGAAUACGAGCAGAAGAAUUGCAUCCACGGACCCUAAAUUCCCAGCACAUGCAACACUAUACAUGUCGAAUCAUCAUCCAUCAAACCAGUCAGUCGUCCUACCAUCGACAACUAAUAUCAACAAUUCAGAAACCUCAUAUGGUUUGAAUCCUUCGAUUCCGGAAUCAAUGUGAACUCCUCAACUUCCAACUUUAUUAGAAUCGACUUCGUUGUAUAAUUUAUUGACAAAACCAUGCACUUCAUGGUUAGUGUCUGUUCUGCUAAGUGUAUAGGAUGUUUGACACAUUGAUCAGAAUAAGUUGCCUGCCUUCUGGCAUCUGAUGCAAUGAACAUCUUGUGCAUUUGUCAAGAUACUACAUAAAACCGCAAAAGAUCUUUUAAGGA